CCGAUACAUGAUAAAUUUAUGACAGUCGACGUCAAAGUAUUAUUUUUGUGAUUGUGAAGAUAAAAUUUUAACUAUUCGGUUUUAUUAAUAAUCUCCUAAAUUUAGGAUUAAAUUACAAUGUCCUGCCGCAACGCUUCUCAUGCUGGAAGCUGGUAUACGGAGAAUGGAAGCGAGCUGUCCCGACAGCUGGACCUCUGGUUGUCCAAAGCGGACCUUAGCCAUGGGCCCGCGCGGGCAAUUAUCGCCCCUCAUGCUGGCUACUCAUACUGCGGCGCCUGCGCCGCCUUCGCGUACCGACAAGUCAGCCCUGUUGUUGUCAAACGUAUAUUUAUCCUGGGCCCGUCCCACCACGUGCGGCUGGGGGGCUGCGCGCUGUCCUCGCUCGACAAGUACCAAACACCCCUCUACGACCUCACCAUAGACAAACAAAUUUACGUGGAGCUGGAGGCGACGCGGCAGUUUGAGUGGAUGGACGUACAAACCGACGAAGACGAGCAUUCAAUAGAGAUGCAUCUGCCCUACAUCGCUAAGGUCAUGGAAGAAUACAAAACCGGUUUCACGAUCAUACCUAUACUUGUAGGAUCGUUAACGCCUGAAAAAGAAGCCAAAUACGGCGCCAUUUUAGCCCCCUACCUCGCAGAUCCUCAGAACCUGUUCGUGAUAUCAUCAGACUUCUGUCACUGGGGCAGCCGGUUCCGCUACACCUGGCGGGACUCCUCCCGCGGCCAACUCUACCAGAGCAUCGAGUGGCUCGACAAACAGGGUAUGGACAUCAUAGAGACGAUGGACCCCCGCUCGUUCACGGAGUACCUCAACAAAUACGGGAACACCAUAUGCGGCCGCCACCCCAUAGGGGUCUUGCUACAGGCCGUAUCGAAGCUGGCGAAUUCCUCAAACGCGCCAAAGAUGUCGCUAAAGUUUCUGAAAUACGCGCAAUCAUCGCAGUGCAUGACGCCGCAGGACUCCUCCGUGUCGUACGCCAGUGCGUCGCUAGUGUUCGAAUAGAUACACGGGUGUAGUGGGGUACACGCGUGUAGGGUACACGGGGAAGUUCGUGCAGUUCAAGCAGUGCAUGACGCCGCAGGACUCCUGCGUCUUAUACGCCAGCGUGUCGCUCGUCUUUUAGUAGGUACACGGUUAUAGUUAAUUAUACACGGGUAUAGUUAAUUAUACACGGCGGGGGAGUACGUGCACAGUCCACGCAGUGAAUGACGCCGCAGGACUCCUUCGAGUAGGUACACGGGUUUAUUGGGGUAAACUACACGGGUUUGUCGGUACACGUAUAUCCGUACACGGGAGUUUAAGGCUCUUGUCGACCUUUUACAGUUUAUUUAUUUGUAAAUGUUAUUGCAAGGAGAUAGUGUUACUUCAGUCGGGUAAUUAUACGAAAUACGCACAACACAAUCCUUGCAGUGCAUGACGCCGCAGGACUCGUCCGUCUCGUACGCCAGCGCGUCGCUCGUCUUGGAGUAGACGGUUCGUUGGGGUACACGCAGAGUUGUGCGGAGAACGUUAUCCAUGUUGUAUGGGAAAAAUUCUCGAGAAUAUGUCCCAUAGUGAACGGAGAACGAUCUUAGGCAAAACUCUAGGUACACGGGUUUAUCGGGGUACACGUGUAUACUCGUACACGAGUGUUUAGUUGCGUUAUUCAUAAACGCGCUACGAGCCUCAAUUAGCUAUUAAUCUGUCUUAACUUAUGUAUUUGUAGAAAUGGAUAAAACAUAAAUUAACUAAUUGACGCUUGUACAGUUUUAUGAUUAAAGUGAUAAAUGUACUAUCUCAACUCUGACGUCGCGUUACUCUCUCAACAUACACGUAAAUUUAUAGACAUAAAAUACCCUUAUUAUGGAGUACCCGUGCACGACCAUACACGUGUAACCAAGUAGUCAGUGUCUCCAAAAUGUAUGAAAUAUAUUUCCCAUAUAAAAAAUGUGUGUACAUAUUUGGAGUCCGUCUACGCUAACUCUGCACCGAUGUUGAUAGAACAGUGUCAUUACAUAUAAGCGUUAAAUGUUCAUACAAAUUUGGCGUUAAUAUGAUGUCAUACCCACAAUUUGUUAUUGCAAAGUCUGUGCAGAUGCAGAGUUAGCUUGGUCCGACUAUCUGUACGCUAUUAUUUUUAAAGUAUAAUAAAAAAUAAAAGUUAAUUAGGUAAAGUGUAUUUACCUUAGAUAAGGAUAAAAAUAUGUGUCCACUCCUCAUUAUUAGACUUAGCCCCUUGUCUUAGGCCAUUAGUUAUGUAUAAUUAAAAUAUAAAAUAAGAAAGAUGAAUUUAUAUAUAAGCUAGCAUGGUAAUAUAUUAUGUAAUAUUAGGGACUUAUGUUUUUUUUUCAUAAACACUUUUUUAUAAAAAAUACUUCAUAACAAAAACACUUGUAAUAAAAUUAUUGAUUAUAAUAUAAAUAGGUACACACAUUUUUGAAAUGUUAAACUAGCAAUAUUAAUAAUAAAUAAUAAUAAAAGCCUUUAUUUCCCAAGUAUAAGUGUUACAAAAAAUUUAGUUUACAUACAUAUUAUUUUUAAAAAGUUACAGAGAAAAGAAAUUGAAACUAAGUUUUACUAACUAGUAUUUUAUGUGGGUUUGUCCAUUUUUGGACGUAGGCCUCCUCCAUGUUACACCAUAGUUUUCUGUCGGCGGCCAGACUGGCCCAGGCUAUGCCUGCCUGCUCGGUUAUGUCAUCUCGCCAGCGGCGGAGCGGAUGACCUUGCCCUCGCCCGCCAUCUGGUGGGUACCACUGUAGAACUCUUUUGCUCCAUCGGUCGUCUUUCGCUCUCGCUGUGUGUCCGGCCCAUCGCCAUUUGAGGCGGCAUGCCAUUUCCGCUGCGUCCAUUAUAUUUGUCCUCUUACGAAUAUCAGUGUUUCUUACCCUGUCUUUUAUUUUUAUACCGAGUAGGCUUCGUUCUAUGGCUCUUUGAAACUUCUGUAUUUUGUCAAUAAUUUCUUUGUUUAUCGCCCAUGUUUGGCAUCCGUAAAGUAGGGUCGGUGUCACUACAGUGUCGAUAGCUGUUUUUUUCAGUGUAAUAUCUAAUUUGGAUUUAAAAAUAUGUUUGUGUGACCAAUAUGAGUUCCAAGCUUUCUGAAUUCUACGUUCCACUUCGUUUACAUAGCGACCACUAAAAGAGAUAACUUGUCCCAAGUAUUUAUAUUCAGUCACGUAUUCGAUAAUGGUAUUUUCUACAUGUAUACUCUCCUUCUUAUUAUUUGUCAUGACGCAUGUUUUUUCCAAGUUCAUCUCCAGACCACAUUCCUUACUGUAAAAAUUCAACGUUUCGAUCAUGUACUGGAGAUCUUUGUGGCUUUCAGAUAGCAAAACAAUAUCGUCGGCAAAGCGUAAGUGAUUUAGGUACUCGCCGUAAAUAUAAAUUCCUAUUUUUGACCACUCUACUUUCCUGAAAAUGUGCUCUAGGAGUGAAUUAAAAAGGUUUGGUGAAAUGGGGUCGCCCUGCCUUACUCCUCGCUGUAUUUCAAAGGUAUCCCCUGUUUUGUCAAGUUUCACCAGCGCCCUGCUGCUUUGAUAUAUAACUUUCAGGAUGUUUAUAUACUUUUUAUUUAUUCCCUGUUCCUUUAAGGCGACCCAGAGCGCUUGAUGAGAUAUAGAGUCGAAUGCCUUUGAGUAGUCUAUAAAACAUAGAUAGAGCGGUUUACGAUACUCUGUAUAAUUUUCAAUGAUUUGCCUCACUGUAAAUAUGUGAUCCAGGGUAGACUAGCAAUAUUAUCUACCUCUUAACACAGAAUAAAUAAUAGUACUAGGUACAGAAGGUUCACUCUCUAACAAAACGCGUAGAUCACGACAGAUAUGAACUAAAGUACAAGGAAACAAUAAUUCUAUCUGGGAAUAUAAAUGCAUCUGUAUUCAUUUUAUCUUAUUCUUGCAUUGAGGUACAUAAAAUAGUAAUAGUAACAUAUACUGUUUUCAAGAAAUAUUUAAGUCUUUACUGCCAUAAGGAUGCUAUUUUGAAUCAAAACCUUAACAUAUAUCUGUUUUUUAAACGCACACAAUCAAGGUUAACUAAUUUUAAUAUAUUGUAUCGCCAACAAUUUUUUUUUAAUCAGUGAUCGUAAUAGACUAAGCGUGUAUUCCAACAAGUUAUCCUGUAAUAACGACAGAUACAAUAUCAAGUACGUGGUAUACAAAUCUACAAUCGCGGGUACACGGGUACACGUAGGUACUGCAAAAGAAAAUGCCAAUUGUCUGCGCCGCAACAUUUGGCCACAUUCGCUGUCGCUAACUAAAAUUCGUUGAUUUGUUGGAUUCAAAUUUUGAAAGAACUGAAAAAGUAAGCAUGUGGUUCUCAAUCAGGCAAUUUACGAAGUAAAUUUUUGAAAUCAAUAAUGUGUAAUAAUCGUGUUAGGUGAAAUCUCAUCGUAUUCCGCAUGAAGUGCCCCAUAAUGAAUUACUAAUCAUACGUAUCUCUGCGAAGUUCUUUCUAGUGAUACUUUUAUAUAGAAAAUAUACAUAUAAUUUUACAACCAUGCCGCAGACUUCCAUUUCAAAGUGCCGUAGACUGAUGAUCAGGGCCCGUACGUUUUUUUUUACAACAUUACAAAUUUAGAUAACUUACCUAUUGAUGCGUAGAAAAAUAGAUGCUUACGUAAAUUUCACGGUUAAAUAUCAAAAAUAUGUAUUAUUUAAUUAAGUCAUAAAUCUAAUAAUCAAUUGUUUAGUUGAGUGACAAUAAGAUGAAAGUCAGUUAGAUGUUUCUGUACAGAUUGUCAAGUAUCAUAACUAUGUAACGUGACGUAAUUUUUCCGUCAACGGCAUGAAAUGUACGGGCCCUGCUGAUGAUAUUCGUACCUAUGUAAUUUAAAACCAUCCAUAGUGUGUGUGUACCCGGGUACCCGGGUUCGGAUUCGUAUCGUAUAUAAUAGGAUUAGGUAUUCUGUUACAAAUGUUGGACAUGUUUAAGUUCACUUUUGUUAAUAACUCAUUAUAGGUAUAUACAUAAUAUGUAUAAUAUAUAUUAUUUAGGUAAGCGUAAGUCUCUGCGAUAGAUGAAAUAAAUACAUUUCAACUGUAUUUUUGUAUAAUAUACUUGUAAGCUAUGUAUUAAAAUAUGUGUACUAUUAAAUGCCAGGGCAUUUAUCAUAUGUGCCAUUUUCAUCCAAAAGGGUACUUAUUGUCGUUUGUCAGUAAGGCGCUAUUUCCAUAUAAGUAGCUUCAAUUAGAAAUCAACCUUAUCAACAAGCGACAAUGUGGUACCUUUUGGUUGAAAACGUCACAUUCAUAACUUUUGCCAAUGUCGUAUUUUUUUUGUGAAUGUAUUUUUGGUCCCGAACGCAUUUAUCUUCAUCUGAACAUUGUGUCUCAAUUAUAUUUAGUUUGCUAA